AUGGGCUCCUGCUGUCCAGGCCCUUCACUUAAUAAUGUAUUGGAAAUAUUUUUCUAUUUCAUUUAGUGUUUUGCUGUGCAUCAGGAUGUUUGGUGGACACUCCAUUGUGGAUGGACCCUGGCUUCUUGCCCAACUGCUUAUGCUGGAAAUGCCCACCAGACUGGACCUCCCUGGAGACCAAACCCAGUCCAUCUUGGGAGCUGGCCAGUGCCACAUCCUCCCCCUCUUGCAGGGACCAGCUGAGUCAUUUGCUCCAUCUCGCACCUCUCAACACCUUCCUGUGUGGCGCUGGGCCACCUGUGGAAGCACUGGCAUGCCUUGCUACCACAGCUCGCAGAAGUUAUGGAGAAAAGGAGGCCCACACAGACUGAGAAAACACCAAGGUAAGGGCAUGGCUGGGAUCCCAGUGCAGGAUCCCCGUUCUUCUGCAGUCACAGUCUUGGCUGAACUGAGCCCUUUCCUCCCAGUGUUUGGCUUGGAUGCUAGACCAGGUCCCGGGAGAAACCUCACUCGGGGGAAGGUCCUGCAUGCCACCCCUGUCGGCUGGGAGCCAGCUCUGCCGCAUUUUUUUCAACUCCUCCAUUGCUCUGCUGAUUCACAGCCUCCAGCUUCCAGAACCUUUUCCCCUGUCGGGACAAUUUUCUACCACUUCCAGGUCUCCUACAAUGAACAAGUAUGA